UGUCUGCUGUUGCAAUGGCGUUUGCUGCGACAGCACUUUGCGGCAGCGGGGAAACCGAGGAGAAAGCAGUGACAAACGUCGCCACCGGAUACGUUAUCGCCUCAAUAACCCUCGGAUUUAUGUAAUAUUCGGUGAACUAACUUAUUUAUUGCUUGUAUAUCCCUUCGCCUUGUGGAUGAGAUUGUGUUCGACGUUUUCCAAGCGUGAAUCUCCACCUUAAUGCGGUGGGAUGGCCACAGUGCCGCCUGGGCCUAGUAGCGCACUGCCUGCAUCCCCGGCCGAAAUUUCUCCCUUCCCUGGGGCUGGGAGCGCGGAGCCGGCGGGGGUAGACGGAGAGCCGGCCUGCCACAGGGCGGACUGUGUACCCGCCGGUACAGGGAAGAAGUCGCAGUCGGUAAGCGAAGUGAAAAGGUCGGUAAAGAAGAAGCAGAAAAACAUGCUAGCGCGACCUAGCCCGGCGGCGCUGCACCUUAAAAUGCAAGCCCGAGAGCAGCAGCAGCUAAACGGCUUGGCCAGCCCUUCAGCGGACGCUAACAGCCACCAACACACAGGAAACCGACCUGACAACCCAAGACCGUCCGUGGACAACUUUGACAGCAGCAGCAGCGGCAGCAGUGAGGGGGUUCCGGCUGCUAGAAACAAUAGUGAGCAUUGCCAACACGAAGGCCACAGCCCCUUCUCCAAAAACGGCAGUCACUCUCCCCUGGUUAACAAUAGCGUGAACGGAAUGCCGGGUUUCACAAGAACUGAGGCGGCCCACAGCCAUGCCGGGGACGAAGGGAAAGAGGAGUUUGACCACACGGAGCCGCCGAGACCGCCGAGCGACGAGCCGCCGGAUGCUGCCGGGCCCUGCGGAGAGGACAGCCUCGAUGACACGGAGGAGCAGCCGCCGCCGCCAGCCGCAGAGCUAGCCCGGCUCGAGCUGAACAGCUCUCCCGGCCGAGCGGAAGAGGAGAGUCACGGCAUCCGAUAUGUCCGCUACGAGUCCGAGCUGCAGAUGCCGUGGAUUAUGAGAUUGAUCACCAAGGACUUGUCUGAGCCUUAUUCAAUUUAUACGUACAGGUACUUCAUCCACAACUGGCCGCAGCUCUGCUUUCUGGCUAUGGUGGAACAGGAGUGUGUUGGAGCCAUUGUAUGUAAGCUUGACAUGCACAAGAAGAUGUUCCGUCGUGGCUACAUUGCUAUGCUGGCCGUGGAUUCAAAACACAGAAGGAAAAGCAUUGGUACUAAUCUGGUGAAGAAGGCCAUCUAUGCCAUGGUGGAGGGUGACUGUGAUGAGGUUGUAUUGGAGACUGAGAUCACCAACAAGUCAGCCCUGAAGCUGUACGAGAACUUAGGUUUUGUCAGAGACAAGCGGCUGUUCAGAUACUACCUGAACGGAGUGGACGCGCUGCGGCUCAAACUGUGGCUUCGCUAAAGGAAAGAAGAGGGGACGGGGGAGGACUGGACAGCGGGUGCUGUUCACCUCCUACACUAUCAGCUUGACAGCCUCAGCUCUUCCCUGGUCAUUUCACUCUUAUAUACAAAAACACACAUAUUCACUUACACACACACACACACACACAAACACACACACACCCCUGUGUAAAACCAUAAGGGGUAUGGACAUAGGUAUGCAUAGACAUGCAGACACAUCCACUUUUUGUCCUUGACUUCUGAACAACUGUUGUUUAGGCAGAAACAGACUGAAAUCCCACCUGAUGUUUUCAUGAAGGGGCCCCUCAUACUUUCUGUGAUGAGGAAGGGGCGAGUCAGGGCGGUCUCUGGGAUGACCUUGACUUGGGACUGGAUGACCUUUUGACCUUCAGUCUUGUAUGCCACAUCGACCAGGACGGGAGGUGUGAGGCAGCUCAGGUGAGGACGUGCGUUGUCCAAACCCAAGGGGACACGGCACCACACCAAAUCCUUCUGCAGAAAACAGGACAAAACAGAACAAGACUUAAAGAAAACGGCGUGAAACAAGGAAGCGGGGCGGUAAAAACAGACUGGGAAGAAAAUAUUUGUGGAGUUUAUUUUUGUGUUUCUUUUUUAACCUUGUAAGUUGGACAGGGGAUGGAACAAGCUAUAGUAUGACUGCGUGUUUGUACCGCCUCUUUUUUUUGUGUGUAUGUGGCGUGGUUGGUUUCAAUGUGAGCAAGCGUUAGGUCUGUGUGACUGUGUGAGCGUAUGUGAGGUAUGAAUUGUGUGUACUGUUGUAUGUCUUCUUUUCCCAUGCUGUCCAGUGGGCACAGCAGCUCCCUGCUGCUGUCUCAUCACCUGCCUCAGCCUCCAGGACUGAAGCCUGUAAAGAUAUGCAUGCAUUUAUUUUAACGUGAGUGCGGGAAAAAGCGUGAAGAGCGCGUGUUGAUUAACCCAGUCCGAGGCUAACCCUCCAACCCCUUCCUCUGUUUAGUAGAAGCAUGUUGGUGCAGAGCAGUUGAUCGAAACAAAUCACUCCAUUAGCACCUCAAACCUUGCCCACCCGGUGGAUCAUUGUCCUUCACUAAAUCUCUCAUCAUCUAACCCUGACAGAGUUUGGGUGAGGAGUUUAUUUUUAUCUACCUAUUUUUGCAGAUCAGAACUUGUUUUCCCCAAAUGCACUGCCAGCCGCUUUAAAAUUCCCAAAAAGGAGAAAAUUGAGUCUUUCAAGACAUUUCUUGCCAAUGAUGGUGCAGUUAAACUUUUCCUAGCCAUCUCGGUUUACUCUUUUAUAUUAAAUGUCAUAUUAUUUCUCCUCAUUGCAAGUGCCACUCAAUCCAUCAGAACUCUCAGCCACGACUGCAGUGAUCUGCCCACUAACAGCGACGCACCGCAGCCUUGGCCCGCUUCUGGUCUGCCCUCGGCACCAGACUGGAGGCAAAGUGUUACAUAUGCUGGAAUCCUGGUUGAGUAUGCUGUUUUUGUGUGUGUCUGUUUAUCUCUUAAUUAAAAAAAGGAAAAUAGACAAGUAUUCUUAGCAGAUUAUAUUUUAUUCUUUGGUUCGCUUUCAGUUUAUUUAGAUAUACUACUAUACACCUAUAUAACCUCACUCUGCCGUAAGCGGCUGAGUCCACAAUACACUUCCCAGGUGCCCUAACGCAAUGCACAACCAACUUGCUAACAUUUUAAGAUCUCCAGCCCUUGAACACGCCAUAGAUGCACCCGGAUGUCUCAAUCGACACUAAUUAUGGCAAAGAAAGGUUGCUUUAGCCACUUUUGUUUUUUUUCUUAAAAGUAAAAUGAACAAAGGUUAGAUGCACUUCUUUGGAAAUUGCUGCAGUGUGUGUAUGUCUACGUAUGAAUGUGUCUGUGUGUGUGUCCUAUUAUUUUGAUAACGGUGUGGAUCUGUUCUGAUAGACUUUUAUUUCUCUACUUUCAGAGGCCCCCGCACAGGAAAAUCAGAGCCUUUAUGGUGCUGUGCUUUGUUCCAGCCUAAUGAGGACAACAGGACUUGUUAGUAAUUGGAAGGAACAAAAGCGCAUGUUUUGUUUUUUGUUUUGUUUUUUUGUUGUUUUUUUUGUUUUAACUUUCCAUGAUUCGUGUUAGUGCUCAAUGUUAUACAGAAGGCAAAAGACAGAGUAGCUCAUAGUUAAGGGGAGAAUAAACCUUAAAUCAGCUCUGAUUUUUUUUUUCUUUCUUUUUUCAAAGUCAAAUUGGAAAACAACCGACAUAACAGGUUGUAAAUGCAAUUUUUGUUUACAAGUAGCAUUUCAAAUUAUGCAAUUGGACAUCUGUGUACUUUUAUCUUGCCUACUAUAUUCAAAUUAGCGAGCACUCUAAGACACUGCCAUGUGGCACAACUGAAAAUUACAGUACAAUCUGCUACAAAUACCGACUAUAGAACAAACAAAAGUCUCCAGCUUUACAUGUUUUAAUGGUUUAAGGACAGAUGAGCUAGUCUCUAAAUGACACUACAAGACCUUGUUCAUGUUUUGGGUUUAUUUCCCCUUUCGGCUGAGAGAUUUCAUCCCAGGAGCCCAGGACUGGAAGGGAGAGUAGAUGUUUACAGAGAUGCCACCCACAUAAAAGCCUGUGUAUGUAAGUUUGUGUCUGUGUGCAUUUGGAACAAUGGAUCAGAUCACCUUUUUUUUUUUUUUCUUGUUUUUUUUUUCCUUUCCUUCAGAUUUAUAUACGAGUGUUGUUCUAUUCAUUGGAUAUAUUGAGAGCUUUUUUUGGGGGGGGGGUCAUCUGUUAGGAAAGGGAGUGAUUUGUGUUGAUUUAUCAGAUUCAAGUUUUAUUUUUAAUUUCUGUGCUACUUUAGCCCAUCCAGAGAUGUAACAAGAAUGAUGAGCAUACGAAAACGAUCUAGACCCUGAAACCCAAUUAUUAUCUCUGCUGCUCAUCAUACACUGUUUAGAUUUCUGUUAUUAACCUGUUCAAACUCCUCCUGAUUUAUUCUUUACACUUGUUUCCCCAUUCUUUUGUGUCACUGUCCAGGCCUUUUCUUCUAUUACUCUGACUACUGAUGGGUGAACAGACUGGAUGGGUUACACCAUAACAAAUUAACCCAACUUGUUCUUUCAAACCAGCUGUCAGCAUAAAGAGGUGUUUUAGAUUUUGAAGGAAGAGGGUCUGUUUUUUUUUUGUUUGUUUGUUUGUUUUUUAAUCCUGUGAAAUUUUGGCAGUUCCAUUAGUUAUUUGGGCAUUACAGCCUGCCACAAUGAGCCAAAGGGCUCUGUUAGAUCAUCACAGACCGAAGGGCUUCGUCAUCAAUAUCAGUUUGUAGCCAGGGCUUGUGGUGUUGCAUAGUUUUGCCCAGCUCUCCCUGACAAUGACUGCUCUGCAUUUGGAAUCAGUUUUGCCUUGACAUGCCAGUUCAGUGUUCAGAUGUCAGGAGCAGUUUUUUCCCUCAUCCUGGACAGCCACUGUGCUAUCCAGGUUGCUUAUUCUAACAAUCCCAGCCCCACUUCUCUGUCCUCAGCCAAGGGGACAUCUGCCAUUCAUUUAAUCUAUUUACAACUAUAAAUUUCCCCCAGAAAGCAGUUUGUUGGUCAGAUAAUUAACAUUUGUAUUGGUAGUCCUACUGCACCACAAAAUGCAACGGUCCCCACAACCAACCAGCCGACCACAGGGGCUUCCUGCAGUCUUUUCAGGGCGGCCAGCACUGCCUCAACCGCCAUCCAUGAAGUGUGCAAAGGGGAGAGCAAAAGGUUUUUUUGCAUGUCAGAUUUCUGUUUCCCCUGUUCCUCUUCCCUGUCCCCUCUCUUGGUUUUGAUCUGGAAAUGUCCGAUAGCUUUUAUUUAAUGUGGAAAAAGAACACAGAAAUAAAUUAUUUGAUUUUUGUAAUGCUGUAAACUGGGUUAUCUUGUCUGCUGUCUGUCUUUUUUUUUUCAGUUCAAAUCAUUUACACUUUGAGAUUAUAAAAUGUAUUAUAAGACAGAGUCAUAAUAAGACAUCAAAAAGAAUUGUUUAUUUGAUCACAUCGUGUUUCAUAUCUACAUAAAGAGACAAAAGUGUCACUAUUUUACAUCACACUUAUCCUAAAACAGUAUUAUUGCAUACGAACAGGCAGUUGUACAUUAAGCAGAUCACAUGGCUCAUGAAGUUACAGAAAAUAUAUUUUCUGUGAACAAAAGACAAAACCUUGUGUCAAAGUCAUUGGUGUUACAAACAUGGCGCAAAUGACUAGUAUUAUUUAUAUUUCUUGCAUCUUUUCUGGACUACACCACAGUAUAAGUUUUCUAUUAAAUGAUAACUCUUAUUUUAUUUUAAAAAGUAGGGACUCUCUGACGACAUCUCAUUCCAUCUCAGCAAUGUGACAUUGGGGCUAAACUUGUUGGGCAAUGCGUCUUCUUUAUCUGCCUUUGUCUGGACCAGAUUAACACACACAAAAGCCACUUUUGUGCAAAAUGAGCUGGUUUUAAAAAAAAAUCUCUGACUUGUCAAAAUAUCAACUUCUGCCUCAGUGUCUCCAUG